CCUCUCUUAUUUGAUGAGAAUGGGUUCAGAGAUCUCCCAACUGAUCCAACACAAAAAAGCUGUAAUUUCCGAGAAGAAAAUUCUUGCUGAUCUCCAACAGAAAGCAGGCAAUUCAUUCCCUGGUUCAGAUUACCAUUCUCCUGAUAGAAAGAAUUGGAUGUCAAGUCUUGACCCUCAAAAAAUCCAAAUAAACGAAAUCAUUUGGCCAGGAACCCAUGAUUCAGGAACCAACAACAUUGGCAUUCCAUUCAUCUCUCGUCCCUUUGCUCAGUGCCAAUCCUUAUCCAUCUACGAACAACUCGUAAUGGGAACCCGUGUCUUUGACAUCCGAGUUCAAGAGAAUCGGCGAGUCUGCCAUGGAAUUCUCCUAACUUAUUCCAUUGAAAUAGUCCUCAACGACAUCAAGAAGUUCCUCUCUGAGACUACAUCAGAGAUUGUAAUUCUCGAGAUACGCACGGAGUUCGGCCAUCAAGAUCCACCCGAAUUUGACAAGUACUUAGUUGAUCAACUCAACGAGUUCUUGAUCUACCAGGAUGACCAGGUGUUUGAGAAGACGGUGGCGGAGGUGCUGCCCAAGCGGGUUAUUUGUGUUUGGAAACCAAGCAAAUCACCUCCACCCAAGUCCGGUGAUCCACUGUGGAGCUCAGCUUACUUGAAGGAUAACUGGAUUAACACUGAUUUGCCAUGGACUAAAUUCCAAAGCAAUAUGAAGUAUUUGAGUGAUCAACCACCGGCUUUAAAAAGAAAUUUCUUUUAUAGGGUUGAGAACACAGUAACACCGCAAGUCAAUAACCCUCCAAUUGUAUGUGUCAAGCCAGUUACGUCGAGGAUUCAUCCCUAUGGAAGGCUUUUCAUUUCUCAAUGCUUCAGUAAUGGUUAUGAAGAUCGAUUACAAAUCUUGUCGGAGGAUUUUAUCGAUGAAGAUUUCAUUGACGCCUGCAUUGGACUUACUCGUGCCAAGAUUGAGGGGAAGGCUAGAAUGUUUUAUUAG